AUGGAGACUAACAAGCCCAGCGUAGAACAGGAUGAGAAUACUGUGAAGGGCGAGACCGAGAGUGUAGUGAAGCCCACGGCCUCGAACCCGACCCCCGUGGAAUGGGCUCAGCACUUCACGAGCCAGGAUGAGGCCUGGCAUAAGGCCAUGGACAAGACUCUCCUACGUCGUGUAGACCGGCGCCUCAUGCCGACCCUCGUAGUCAUGUACCUCCUUAACUUCCUCGACCGCUCUAAUUUAGCCCAAGCCCGUCAGGGCACCCUCGAACGGGACCUGGGCAUGACGGGAACCGACUUCAACCUCGCCACCUCAAUCUUCUUCGUCGGUUACCUCCUGAUGCAGCUCCCCUCCAACCUCUUGCUCACAAAAGUCAAACCCUCCUUCUACCUCGCCGCCUCCUGCUGCCUCUGGGGCGUUGUCUCGACCUGCAACGCCGCCGCCGACUCCUUCACCCACCUCAUCGUCAUCCGCUUCUUCCUCGGCUUCGUCGAGGCCCCCUUUUUCCCGGGCGCCGUCUUCCUCAUGUCCUCGUGGUACACCCGCGCCGAGCUCACCCGCCGCAUCGCCUACCUCUACGCCGGCAACGCCCUCGCCAACAUGUUUGGCGGGCUCCUUGGCGCGGGCAUCCUCGGCGGUCUGGAGGGGGAUUUGGGGAUCGCGGGGUGGAGGUGGUUAUUCAUCAUUGAAGGCGUAGCAGCCAUCGCAUUCUCCCUCGUCGCAAUGUGGAUCCUCCCUGACUACCCUCACACGACCAAGUGGCUCUCAGAGGAGGAGCGCGCUUACGCCGCCUGGCGCCUCAUCGAGGACAUCCAGGAGGCCGAUACGUACGGCGAGCAGAGCGUCCUCGACGGCGUCAAGAUGGCCGUGCGGGACUACCGCCUCUACAUCUUUGUCCUGAUGCAGCACGUCUCCCUCAUCUCGCAGACGUUUCAGUACUUUUUCCCGACCAUUGUCGGCACGCUGGGCUACGGCAAGAUCACGACGCUUUGGCUGACUGCGCCUGCUUGGGCCGCAACGUUCCUCAUCUCGCUCUGCGUCACUUGGUCCUCUGCAAAGACUAAAGACCGUUCUCUUCACAUUGUAUGCCUCACGCUCGUCUCCGCCACUGGAAACGCCAUCGCCACCGGCUCGAGCAACCUCGGCGCGCGAUACUUUGCCAUGUUCCUCAUGCCCAUGGGCGCCAUCUCCGCAUGCAAUAUAACUCCCACAGAUCAAAUCAUCGUCUCUUGGGUAGCAAACUCCUUCCCACGACCACUCGUCAAGCGCUCAGCCUGCAUCGCCAUCGCCAACAUGAUUGGCAACACGGCAACAAUCUACGGAUCUUACAUGUACCCAAGCAGCACGGGACCCCAAUACGUCCCUGGCGGCAGCGCCAACACGGCAAUCUGCGUCCUCGUCGCCAUUCUCGCCCUCAUCCUCCGCUACCUGCACAAGUGGGAGAACAAGAAGCUCGAAAAGGCCGAGCUCGACGACGCCGCGGCGCUGGCCGAGGGAGGCGGCGAGAAGGCCGCGCCCGUCGAUCUGAAGCAGGAGAGGAGGGCUGCUGGGUUCAGGUACAUCUACUGA